AUGAUCCUCUUCUUGGGGGUGACAAUUGUCCAUGUGUGGCAGGCCUUUCGGCAUAGAAAUAUCUGGCUUGGGCUAGCCUUCUCCCUAGGUGCAUUCGGCGAAUUUGUCGGAUGGUUAGGCCGUACCGUGGCGUAUCGCUGUCCGUAUUCUGUCAAGCUGCUCGAGAUGCAGCUGGCCGCAUUAAUCAUGGCCCCCGCCUUCACGACAGCCGGCAUCUACGGCGUCCUGAGCCUGAUGAUCCCCAUCAUCGGACAGGACAAGUCCCCCUUGCGACCGAACCUCUACCUCAUCAUCUUCAUGACGGUUGAUUUCUUCAGUCUCCUCCUCCAGGCCGUCGGCGGUGGUCUUGCUGGCGCCGCCUUCAGCCAAAACACCUCCCCCUGGCCGGGAACCUACACGAUGGUGGCUGGGAUAAUCUGGCAACUGGUCUCGACCUGCGUCUUUGCUACAUUGCUUGAGUACGUGAUCUACCGUGGCCUAGGCCCGAUUGCGCGGAAUCAAGCCCUGCGGCGGAUCUCGCUGUCGUUGAUGAUUGCGGUUACGUGUAUGGUGGCGCGGGGCGUGUAUCGGAGCAUGGAGUUGAUGAAUGGGUGGCGGGGGUAUCUGUUUACGCACGAGGUGUAUGCGAUUAUUCUCGAUGCGGCAUUGAUGUUCAUUGCGAGUUUGGUGCUGUGUGUUUGGAACCCAGCGGCUUUGAUCCUGGAUGCGAGGGAGAAUACGAGAAGGCUGCAAGCUGGGGUGGAAUUGAGACAUGAGCAGGGUGCGAAGAAGUGA